AUGGGAGAAGUUAAAGAGAGUGAUUUUGAUGACAAAAAGGAGGAGGAGGAGGAGGGUGUGGUUACUUGUGAGAAAGCUGAAGUAAAGCAAGUCUAUAUGCUAGGGAGGAUGACGGGUCCUACCAGACGAUCGACAAAGGGAGGCUGGACAGAGGAGGAGGAUAAAAUUUUAGCAUUUGCUGUUGAAAAGUUCAGGGGCAAAAAUUGGAAAAAGAUCGCGGAAUGUGUUCCUGAUAGAACAGAUGUUCAGUGCCUGCAUCGUUGGCAGAAGGUUCUCAAUCCUAAUCUAGUCAAAGGACCCUGGACCAAGGAGGAAGAUGAUCUUAUAAUUGAACUCGUUGAGAAGCAGGGGAAAAAGAAAUGGGCUGAGAUAGCAAAACACUUGCCAGGCCGUAUAGGCAAGCAAUGCCGAGAAAGAUGGCACAACCAUUUAAAUCCAGAUAUAAAAAGAACUGCAUGGACCAAAGAGGAGGAAUCAACUCUUAUUAAGUGCCAUGGAACGUAUGGGAACAAAUGGGCUGAGAUAGCAAAGUUUCUGCCUGGAAGGACUGAGAAUUCAAUAAAGAAUCAUUGGAACUGUUCCGUAAGUAAGAAAUUGGAAUUAUCUUCAACUCUUCGUUAUGAUCUAUACAAUUUCAAAGUGAAAGCAGAAAGCAGGAACCCUGAGGUGCUGAAACAAAGUUUUGAUAUUGAAAGAAUUCCCGAUACUUGUUCACUGGAUUUAACUCUGGGUGUUCCAGAAGGAAGGGAGAGUCAUCUAACAACUUCAGAUAAAAACGAUUGUAGAGUUACGGGAAAAGAGGCAAUUUAUUCAAUCAAACCACCAAAUGGAAUGGUAUUUGAGGAGAAAAGUGCUGCUGUAUGUGACCUGACCGAUGAACAGUGCCAAGAAAGUGGUGGCACUGCUCAGACAUCCAGAGACUUAAAUAUCUUUGCUUAUCAGCCCAAUGAGUUGUGUACCACUACUUCCGGUGAUCUUGUGAAAUCUCCAAAUUUACAAGAAAGAUCCCCUGAGCAUGAGUCCGGAGACCUUAUCUAUUUCUUGCGUUCAAGAAGACUAUCUGGGUCAUUGCCUUUCUCAUUUAGUACUCCUCCAAGUGCUUCUGGUUGUGAUGGAAAUAUUUCCCCCUCUAUUCAUGAUAAGAGACUUGAUAAUUCUUCUAAUAGAUCACAGGAUUAUACACACUUUACCAGCUACCCUAGAGCCUCUGAAAGUAUAGAGGAAUUAAAUCUUGGUAACUUAAACUAUGAGCCACUCCAACAAAACGAUUUGAGCACUCUUUUGACUACCGGUAGAUUUCCGAGUACAGAUAACUAUAUCCAGAAUGCGUCAAGUACAAUUACCCCGCCAAAUCAGAGUGAAGGAAUAUAUGUUCCCUGCCAGAGUCCAGAAUCCAUAUUGAGGAGUUUAGCAAGGACAUAUAAAGCACCGUCUAUUAUAAUGAAAAGGAAAUCUCCAGCUGUUAGACAAACUGGAAAUGAUAAUGAUGCUUCUUUACCGAAAGAAAAUUCGGAUAAGUCCAACAGUGGUGGCCCAUGUGGAAACAAUGAUGUCAAUUCCAUGGUUAUAUCAAGUGCUAAGCAACUUUUCCUGUCUCCUCCAAAAUCUCGGAAGCUUGAAACUUCAGCUUCUUUAUUGUCAGUAGGAAAGCGCCUGGAUUAUGCAUUUGAUGAAGAGCAAGAUGCAACCAGAGCCCCAACUGCGGCUGAUUCUUCUGGUGACAAACAUAAUUAA